GAAAACAACAGUUUUCACCGUGUAAAAAGUUCCACCCCUGAGAAUUUUCAAUCGCUUUUGCGUGUUUGUGUUCGUGUGUACGUGUGAGCCAGCUAGCUAGCUAGCUACACUGUGUGUGUACACAAAAUUUACGUGUGUUAUAUGUACGUACCUUCUCUUCUCGCGAAUUAUACGGUCAGUACGGAACUGAGCACAAAGACAAUGUUUUGACGCACUGAAAUUUAUUGUAGCCCUUUCCCCGCCAAAAACACGCAAAUACUAAGGAUUCUUCGUAGUUACUACAUGUACUAUGUGUCACGAUUGAUGAUUUUUGAUGAGAAAAGGGUGCACGGUUCUGGAGAUCAAGAAUAUACCUCUUGUGUGUGAUGCUCCUUGCACAACCAUUUGGAGAGGCACACUGGCUGACUCUAGGCAAUCUACUUUUUCCAUAUAAAUAUUAGUUUGUGUUCCAUGUUACAACCACAAGACAAGCUCCCUUUGACGGGAUGCUGUGAAUGAUGACAUCUGCAUAUGCUCAGUCUCAAGAGUGAUAUUUUCCAGCACUACAUGUAGUGCAUGUAGCUGAUUUUGACAAUGAGAGAGUGGUAUUGUGGCUGUGCAAAUAUUGCCUAAUACUCUGAGUCUUUCGUGUCAACUGUUUAUGUGAGCCUCUUCAUGUCUGCAUUAUUCAAGUAUGCAUUGGUAAAUAGAAUUGGCUGUGGAUUUCAUAACUAGUGCUGUGCAAUACGACUCAUACUGAAACAUACAUCAUCUGAGCAUCGAGGAAGUUCACAUGUGUUCUUAUACACAUGGUUGACAUUCAACAACACUUCUUUGCAUCACUGUGAUGAAUGUAAUGAUGGAGUAGUUGAUAUUACCUCUUCGGGACAUACAAUUUAAACACUACGUAACCUGUUAAUGGAGUAACCAGGUGAUGUCUUAAUGGCGAAGUUGAAUAACAGCAUUUAGUGAUCAAGCUCCCCUGUCCAGAAGCUGACAAAAUGGUGAAGACAUUCCAAGCAUAUCUACCAAGUUGUCACAGACGUUACAGCUGCAUACACUGUAGAGCACACCUGGCUAACCAUGACGACCUUAUAUCUAAGUCUUUCCAGGGGAGCCAAGGACGUGCAUACCUCUUCAAUUCUGUUGUGAACAUUGCCUGUGGCCCUGCAGAGGAGAGGGUUUUACUGACGGGUUUGCAUGCUGUCUCAGACAUCUUCUGUGAAUGUUGUAAGACCACCUUAGGAUGGAAAUAUGAGCAUGCCUUUGAAAACAGUCAGAAAUACAAGGAGGGCAAGUACAUCAUCGAAUUGGCACACAUGAUCAAGGACAAUGGAUGGGACUGUGACUGAGUUUGCAGCCAGUCAAGGCUGUACAUGUACGUUGACAGUCAUGGGUAUUAAGCAGAGUUGAAACCAGCACUUACUAAAAAAGUGAGCUAUGAACCUGGUCAUUCUGGUUAAAAUGCCCUUAGCAAUAUUUUAUGUAUUGAAUGGUGCCAAGACCCAAAGUGCCCAUUUUAUCAGCAGCUCAGUGUUAGCAUGCUGCUGCUGAAUAAGGAUUUUAAUUUGAUGUAUUAUAAAGAAUCCUACUUGUCACUCAAAUACCUAAGACUGCCACACAAAUCUAGGAAAGUACUUGGCUUACCUGGUCAAGUGGUCACCACCUCAACAGAAAGCAUUCUGAUGAGUAUUCUGACAACAUAAAGGCAA